GGGGACAUGCGGGUACCUUGGGGUGACCCCAUCUGGGACUUUGACGGGUUUUGUAGUGGGCGUCACGCAGGUGAGCCGCUAGCCGUUGUGGCGUCAGCACAAUGUUCCACACGUAUUUGAAGAGAUGGCUCUCCGUGGCCCUCUGUCGACUGUUGUGAGUGUCGUGUUUCGCCUUGCUCGUUCGUCCUCACGCACCGCGGCACGACUGCCAUCUCCGCCAACUUGCUCGUGGGCAGUGUCCAUUGCUGGGGGCGUCCAGUUGAGUGUUGGGCGAGUUCACUCCGUGAGGAUGACUGCGAUGUCUAAGGUAGCCCAUGUGCGUGGAGUGGGUGAUGGGGAUGACGUCGGGGCCCGGUUGUCCGCGCUGGAGAGGGCUGCCGUGACGUCAGCCGUAGCCGCCGUCAUCAUGCAUUGCGAUAUGGAGGUCGAAGGUCAACGGCGGUGGGCACGACUACGUGCUCGGAGAAGGAAGUUGAUGCCGGCGGCGACGACUGAAGCGUUGGAUAGCGCUGCCAUCUGUGAUGCCGUGUUGGAGGUGUGCUGUGCACUGGGGUGUGGGGGACUACCGAGGGCGACGCCGAGGUGGUGGGUAAAAAGGAGGAYGGGGGGGACUUGGGAGGAUMUUCRGCCUGCKGACGACGCCACUGRCGAUUACUUCCGCGACAAGUUACGGAUGUCUCCACGUGUCUUCCGCGAGAUCGUUGAGAACUUGUCGCCGAUUCUCCAGCGACGUGUGACGUUCUAUAGGGAGCUGUUGCAACCAGACCAGAUCGUCGCCUACGCGCUGUACAGGUGGGCGUCGGGCAAGACAUACGAGAGUAACAGCUUCAGCUUAUGGAUUGGCGAUGCUUCAGGUUUGGUGGCCGUCCGGGACGUUACUGCUGCGCUGCUUUCGGUGUAUAGGGACAAGGUGGCGUGGCCGACUGGGGUGUGGAAGGCGAUCGUUCUGCGUGCUUUUGUAGACAAGGGUUUCCCGAACUGCCAUGGGUGCAUCGACUGCACCCAAAUCUACGUGGACAAGCCGGCGAAUGCACCUCCGAAAGACUACUACGACCGCAAGAGACGCUUCUCUGUCGUUGCUCAAGUGGUGGUCCACUUGGACUUGCGCAUCCAGGACGUGUUCGUGGGAUAUCCGGGGAGCUGCCACGACGUCCGGAUCAUCCAAGCGCGGCGAAGUCCACGGCCGCGGCCAGGUCCGCGAUCCCGCAAACGUGUCCGUGCGGCCGCGCGGCUUUGCAGCCGCAUAGCGGCCAGUGGGGAGAGGGGUUGGGGAUUCAAGAAGCGCCAUGGGGCGGCGCAACCCCAACCCCACCCCCUCAAACGAAAAAAAUAAAGAAAAACAAUUUUUUGGGUGGAGGGGUUUGGGUGACAGAAGGUAUUU